AUGAACGCCAACACUGACACCGAUGGUCUCCUGAAGGCCUUGCGGAAACUGGACGAGACAGGUCGUGGCCUAUUCGUUGAGUACCUGCCUACCGAAAAGGUCAAAGACGUCCUUCUUCUUCUCCUUCGCGAGAGAGACGCGAUGCCAGACACUAGCGAGAGCUCGGCGCAAGUCGUGGUAAAGAAAGAGCAAGACAUCAUCGAUAUCGCUAGCGAAAUCGAGGAGGCAGAAGCCGAGACCAAUGAUCAGAGGGAGGUCGACGAGGCACCAAAGCCACUCGAUAUGUCAAUGUACUUGCAUGUUCUCGACAAUUCAGGACAAGUUACGCUUAAAAACUUUGGUUACCUCAGCCUCUUUGUCCAAACCGAGCUAAAACGCCGCUUUGAAGGAACAUGGGCAAUGAACAUAGCAAGGACACAGCGUUACGCAAUGUUCACUUUGACACCGGAAAGGUACAUGACCGAGCCUUAUUGCAUUCGGAAUCUCGUCAUCGGGACCACGCGACGUGAAAGACGACGAUACAUCCAAGGUGAUGAUGAGCUCAAAGAGAGGCCGGAUUACGGUUGCAUCGACGCUCGCAAACCCUGCGCCCACUUCAUCAGGUACCAAGGUCGAUGCGUCAUACUUCUUGUACCUUUACCCGAAGCUGUUCGACGGAGUAUGGACUGGAGAGAAAUUGGUUAUUGGGUGCUGUGA